AAAAUCUUAAAAUCAUAAAAGAAAACAAAAAACCGACAAUAUUGUAACAAAUUUAAUUACACCGGGCAAAAUUGUCAUUUCCGAUUGCCGUAUUCUCUUCCAAGGUCAUGGUCUCGCACAUCAAAAUCCAAUUUCAUCGCCAAAUUAUAACAACAGACAAUGAAGAUACAAUCGCUUAAUGCGUGUUCUCAUUCAAAAACCGCGUGAAAAUAUAAAAACAAAAAUUCAUUAUACAAUUAGCCAGUCGAUUGUUAAUAUCCAAGAGGCUCCAAUGUAUCGUUUUAUCUGGGUAUUUGUAACAGCUAGUACCAUCGCAGUUCCAAAUCUCCACCCCGACACAGGCUUGAAUAUUAUUCAACUGGCCACGAAGUACGGUUACCCCAUCGAGUCCCACGAUGUGGAAACGGACGACGGGUACAUACUCACCCUCCACCGCAUCCCGCAUGGAAUAAAAAGUGUCAGUACCAUGAAGUACCCGGUUUUGCUCAUGCACGGUCUUCUGAGCAGCUCAGUCGACUGGGUUAACAUGGGGCCUGAAAACGCGCUUGGUCUUCUUCUGGCGGACUGUGGUUACGACGUCUGGCUAGGAAAUCAAAGGGGCAACACCUGGUCACGCAAACACCUGACUCUGAAUCCAGAUAUAGACGCUGAGAAAUUUUUUGAUUUCAGUUUCCACGAAAUCGGUAUUUACGACAUACCGGCCAAAAUCGACUACAUCAUAAACGCGACAAACAAAGAACAGAUUUUCUACGUAGGUCACUCGCAAGGUACUACCAGUUUUUUUGUAAUGGCGAGCGAAAAGCCCGAGUAUAACGCUAAAAUUCGUCUAAUGACGGCUUUAUCACCGGUGGCGCAUGUCGCUAACGUACCUAACCCGUUUUUGGCACCUCUUGUUGAUAAUUAUGACCUAGUUAAAACUGUUGUUCCAAUCUUGAAAAUUCACGAAGUACUCCCACAUUUUGAUUAUUUCACCGACUUAGGGAAUGUUUUGUGUAGUAAAGGUUCCCCGUACCAAGACUCCUGUGUGUGGUUCAUCAACGCGAUUGUUGGUUUCGACUGGCAGAUUGACCCGGACUUCGUUUCUGUUAUUACGUCCAAUACUCCUGCUGGUUGUUCCAUUAAACAACUCAUGCACUUCAUCCAAGGAGCCGAGUCAGGCUAUUUCGCCCAGUACGACUAUGGGGUUGAAGUAAACAAGAUCCAGUACGGUCAAGAAAUGCCACCGUUGUACGACAUCACAAAAAUCACGGCUCGUGUGAGUUUGUACUACGCUGGUAAUGACUGGUUAAACGCCGUAGAAGACGUUCUCAGACUAGCCGAAGAGUUACCAAAUUUAGCUAGCGCGAAACAAGUACGCUACUCCCAGUUCAACCAUCUGGACUUCCUAUGGGCUCGCAAUGUCGUCGAUUUAUUAUACAACGACGUCAUCGCAGAAAUAACAGCUGAGAGCUAAGAAAAAU